GAACAGCCCUGACAAUGAAAGAAUUCAGUGAUCUGACAUGGCUGUCACACAUUGGCCUUUCCAGAGGCCUUAGGGUUUGUUCAUAUGUAGCUUUAAAAGUGGGUAAUACCAGUCUUCUUGCAGAUGAGCUAGAAGACGCUUGCUAGCAUCAAUCUGAAUUGUCUGGCAGAUCAGUUGCAAGGCAGUGCGUCUUGUAGUAUGGAGAACAUAGUGCCUGGGGAGGCAGCAAUGACUUCUGAUCAGAUUACCAAGACCUUACAACAUCACCUAUACUGGACAACAGUCGAUGAUCUGGACUAUAUGUAUGUUAAAUAUGCAAGGAUUUGGAUACCCGAUUCAGAAGUAGUCUGGAAAUCGGCAGAACUUGUAAAAGAUUAUAAACCAGGUGACAAAGUCCUCCAUCUUCAACUUGAGGAUGGCAAGGAUCUUGCAUACAGCCUUGAUCCUAAGAAAAAGGAGCUGCCGCCCUUGCGAAACCCUGAUAUACUUGUGGGUGAAAAUGACUUGACAGCACUCAGCUAUCUCCAUGAACCUGCUGUUCUCCAUAACUUAAAAGUUCGGUUUAUAGACUCAAAACUCAUUUAUACAUAUUGUGGCAUAGUUUUAGUAGCCAUAAAUCCAUAUGAACAGCUGCCUAUCUAUGGCGAAGAUAUCAUCAAUGCUUACAGUGGCCAGAACAUGGGGGAUAUGGACCCCCACAUCUUUGCAGUGGCUGAGGAAGCAUAUAAACAAAUGGCCAGAGAUGAACGGAACCAGUCAAUCAUUGUAAGUGGGGAAUCAGGAGCUGGAAAAACAGUCUCUGCCAAAUAUGCAAUGAGGUAUUUUGCCACUGUAAGUGGGUCUGCCAGUGAAGCUAAUGUUGAAGAGAAAGUAUUGGCUUCCAAUCCCAUAAUGGAGUCUAUUGGGAAUGCCAAAACCACACGGAAUGACAACAGCAGUCGUUUUGGGAAGUACAUUGAAAUAGGUUUUGAUAAGAGGUAUCGAAUCACUGGUGCUAACAUGAGAACAUACCUUCUGGAAAAAUCAAGAGUGGUGUUCCAGGCAGAAGAAGAGAGAAAUUACCAUAUCUUCUAUCAGCUCUGUGCUUCUGCAGCAUUACCUGAAUUUAAAACAUUGCGGUUAGGGAAUGCAGACUAUUUUCACUAUACAAAGCUAGGGGGCAGCCCAGUGAUUGAUGGUAUUGAUGACGCAAAGGAGAUGACAAAUACAAGGCGGGCUUGCACAUUAUUAGGGAUUGUUGAUUCUUGUCAGAUGGGAAUUUUUCAAAUCCUUGCUGCUAUUCUUCACCUGGGCAAUGUAGUAUUUACAUCUAAAGAUGCUGAUAGCUGCAUAAUACAACCAAAACAUGAGCCCCUCAAUAUUUUCUGCGACCUCAUGGGAGUGGAGUAUGAUCAAAUGGCUCACUGGCUCUGCCAUAGGAAGCUUGCUACUGCCACGGAGACGUACAUCAAACCAAUUUCCAAGCUGCAGGCCAUAAAUGCCAGGGAUGCUCUUGCAAAACAUAUUUAUGCUAAUCUGUUUAACUGGAUUGUAGAUCAUGUGAACAAAGCUCUGCAUUCUCCCAUAAAGCAGCAUUCUUUCAUUGGUGUAUUGGACAUUUAUGGGUUUGAAACAUUUGAGAUCAACAGCUUUGAACAAUUUUGUAUCAACUAUGCCAAUGAGAAACUGCAGCAACAAUUUAAUAUGCAUGUCUUUAAGCUAGAGCAAGAAGAAUAUAUGAGGGAGCAAAUUCCAUGGACCUUGAUUGAUUUUUAUGACAACCAGCCCUGCAUUAACCUAAUAGAAGCCAAACUGGGAAUUUUGGAUUUAUUAGAUGAGGAAUGUAAGAUGCCUAAAGGUUCAGAUAACAGUUGGGCCCAAAAAUUAUACAAUACCCAUUUGAACAAGACCGCGCUCUUUGAAAAGCCCCGUUUGUCAAAUAAGGCUUUUAUUAUCCAACACUUCGCAGAUAAGGUGGAGUACCAGUGUGAUGGCUUUUUGGAAAAAAACAAAGACACUGUCUAUGAAGAGCAGAUCAAAGUUCUAAAAUCAAGUAAGUUUAAGAUGUUGUCAGAGCUGUUUCAGGAAGAGAAGGACACCAGUCCCACUUCAGCCACCCCCUCUGGCCGUACACCAUUAUCUCGUGCAGCUGUAAAACCAGCCAAGUCUAAAGUAGGGCAAACAAACAAGGAACAUAAGAAGACAGUGGGACAUCAGUUCAGAAAUUCUCUGCAUCUUCUGAUGGAGACCCUUAAUGCCACGACUCCACAUUAUGUGCGAUGCAUUAAACCAAAUGACUUCAAGUUUCCAUUUAUGUUUGAUGAAAAACGAACAGUACAGCAGCUCAGAGCUUGUGGUGUGUUGGAAACUAUCCGAAUCAGUGCAGCUGGUUUUCCCUCAAGGUGGACAUAUCAAGAAUUCUUCAGCCGCUAUCGUGUCCUGAUGAAGCAGAAGGAUGUUCUCAGUGACAGAAAGCAGACUUGUAAAAAUGUUUUGGAGAAGCUGAUUCUGGAUAAGGAUAAAUACCAGUUUGGAAAAACAAAGAUAUUUUUCCGGGCUGGUCAAGUAGCAUAUUUGGAAAAAAUAAGGGCUGACAAACUAAGAGCUGCUUGCAUCCGCAUUCAAAAGACCAUCAGGGGGUGGCUAAUGAGAAAGAAGUACCUACGCAUGAGGAAAGCAGCCAUCACUGUUCAAAGAUAUGUCCGAGGAUACCAGGCACGAUGCCUUGCCACCUUUCUUCGAAGAACCAAAGCUGCCACCAUUAUUCAGAAAUUCCAGCGUAUGUAUGUUGCCCGCAAGCGAUACCAUCGUAUACAAGCAGCCACUGUGGCUCUCCAGUCAUAUUUGCGAGGCUAUAUUGCCAGGAAGAAGUAUCGCAAGAUGCUUAGGGAGCACAAGGCCACCAUUAUACAGAAGCAUGUGCGUGGGUGGCUGACCCGCAAGCGCUACCACAGGACUUUGAGGGCAAUUGUCUAUCUGCAAUGCUGCUGCCGGCGCAUGAUAGCAAAGAGGGAGUUGAAGAAGCUGAAGAUAGAAGCACGCUCUGUGGAACACUACAAGAAGCUCAAUGUUGGCAUGGAGAACAAGAUCAUGCAGCUCCAGCGUAAAAUUGAUGAACAGUCAAGAGACUCCAAAUCUGUACUUGAGAAGCUAACCACCUUAGAAGCAGCAUACAAUUCUGAGACUGAAAAGCUGAGGAAUGAUGUAGAAAGACUUAGAAUGAGUGAAGAAGAGGCCAAGAAUGCUACCAACCGGGUCCUUACCCUUCAAGAUGAGAUCACCAAACUCCGAAAGGAACUUCACCAAACACAGACUGAGAAGAAGACAAUUGAGGAGCAGGCAGAUAUAUAUAAACAAAAAACAGACCAGCUGGUGGUAGAACUAAAAGAGCAAAAUACUUUGCUUAAAAAAGAAAAAGAUGAGCUGAACCGGCGCAUCCAGGACCAGGCCAAAGAGAUAACAGAGGUCAUGGAGAAAAGACUUCUUGAGGAGACAAAACAGCUGGACCUGGAUCUGAACAGUGAAAGGCAGAGGUAUCAGAAUCUGCUGCAAGAGUUUAGCCGGUUAGAGGAGCGAUAUGAUGACCUCAAGGAUGAGAUGAAAUUGAUGGUGAACAUAUCUAAGCCUGGACACAAAAGAAGAGAUUCCACACAUAGCAAUGAAUCUGAAUACACCUAUAGUUCUGAUAUCACUGAAUCUGAAGAACCACAGAUGAGAACAGAGGAACCAAGUGAGAAGAAAGCACCUCUGGAUAUGUCUCUCUUCCUCAAGCUACAAAAACGGGUUACAGAGCUGGAGCAGGAAAAGCAAUCCUUGCAGGAUGAGCUGGACAGGAAGGAAGAACAAGCUCUCCGAUUCAAGACCCAGGAAGAAGAAAGGCCUCAGAUGAGAGGUGCUGAGCUAGAAUAUGAAUCACUUAAGCGCCAAGAGCUUGAAUCAGAAAAUAAGAAAUUGAAGAAUGAAUUGAAUGAGCUGAGGAAAGCCCUGAUGGAAAAAAGCUCUCCAGACACUACUGCUCCUGGUGCCCCAGCGUACAGAGUCCUCUUAGAUCAGAUGACCUCUGUCAGUGAGGAGUUAGAGGUACGCAAGGAAGAAGUCCUCAUCCUGAGAUCUCAACUAAUGAGCCAGAAGGAGGCAAUUCCACCCAAGGAUGACAAGAACACGAUGACUGACUCCUCAAUCCUUUUGGAGGAUGUACAGAAGAUGAAGGACAAGGGAGAAAUAGCCCAGGCGUAUAUUGGUUUGAAGGAGACCAACAGAUCGUCUCUUCAAGACUAUCAUACGCUGAAUGAGGAUGGAGAACUGUGGCUGGUAUAUGAAGGGCUAAAACAAGCCAACAGACUUUUGGAAUCUCAGUUGCAGUCUCAGAAAAGGAGCCAUGACAAUGAACUGGAAGCCCUCCGUGGAGAGAUUCAAAGUCUGAAGGAGGAGAACAACCGUCAGCAACAGUUGUUAGCACAGAAUCUCCAGUUGCCCCCAGAAGCCCGGAUAGAAGCCAGCCUACAGCAUGAGAUCACCCGCUUGACUAAUGAAAACCUGGAUUUGAUGGAACAGCUUGAAAAACAGGACAAGACUGUUCGCAAGCUGAAAAAACAGCUAAAAGUCUUUGCUAAAAAGAUUGAUGAACUUGAAGUGGGUCAAAUGGAAAAUAUUUCACCUGGACAAAUAAUUGAUGAGCCAAUUCAUCCUGUGAAUAUUCCAAGGAAAGAAAAAGACUUCCAGGGAAUGCUAGAGUAUAAGAAAGAGGAUGAGCCAAAACUCAUCAAGAACCUUAUUUUAGACCUGAAACCACGUGGAGUGGCAGUCAACUUAAUCCCAGGAUUGCCAGCAUAUAUUUUGUUCAUGUGUGUCCGCCAUGCAGACUAUCUUAAUGAUGAUCAAAAAGUGAGGUCCUUGCUGACUUCUACAAUAAAUGGCAUCAAGAAAAUUUUAAAGAAAAGAGGUGAUGACUUUGAAACAGUUUCCUUCUGGCUGUCUAACACGUGCCGAUUUUUGCACUGUUUGAAGCAAUAUAGCGGUGAAGAGGGCUUCAUGAAACACAACACUUCUCGUCAGAAUGAACACUGCCUCACUAAUUUUGAUCUUGCUGAAUACCGACAAGUACUGAGUGACUUGGCCAUUCAGAUCUAUCAGCAGCUUGUAAGAGUGUUGGAGAACAUUCUUCAGCCAAUGAUUGUUUCAGGGAUGUUGGAACAUGAAACUAUUCAAGGGGUCUCGGGUGUAAAACCAACUGGCCUCAGAAAGAGAACCUCUAGCAUUGCUGAUGAAGGAACAUACACACUAGACUCUAUCAUUCGGCAAUUGAAUACCUUCCACUCAAUCAUGUGUCAACAUGGAAUGGAUCCAGAGCUGAUCAAGCAGGUGGUCAAACAGAUGUUCUACAUAAUUGGGGCUGUGACCCUCAAUAACCUUCUCUUGCGAAAAGACAUGUGCUCCUGGAGCAAAGGGAUGCAGAUAAGGUACAAUGUAAGUCAGCUUGAAGAAUGGCUUCGUGACAAAAACCUGAUGACUAGUGGUGCUAAGGAAACUCUGGAGCCCCUCAUCCAGGCGGCACAGUUGUUGCAGGUGAAAAAGAAAACAGAUGAAGAUGCAGAGGCCAUUUGCUGUAUGUGCAAUGCCUUAACUACUGCACAGAUUGUUAAAGUUUUGAACUUAUAUACUCCAGUUAAUGAGUUUGAAGAAAGAGUGUCUGUGUCCUUCAUCCGCACGAUACAGAUGCGUAUGAGAGACCGGAAAGAUUCUCCUCAGCUGCUGAUGGAUGCUAAGCAUAUUUUCCCUGUUACUUUCCCAUUUAACCCCUCAUCUCUUGCAUUAGAAACCAUCCAGAUUCCAGCAAGUUUGGGUCUAGGAUUCAUCACUCGCGUCUGAAUUAUGGAUACACUUAGCUGUUGAUCACGUGUUUUCAGCCUGUAAAUGAACUUACAGAAAAGCCAUGGGGAUGGGAUGGGGUGAAGAAAAUAGGGGAAGAAGGCUUCUGAAAAUAUUGUAGAUACCCUAAAAUGCAUUGUAGAAAGCUGGAAUGCUGCAUAGCUCUCACAGCUGAAGGCUGAUGGAAGCAUAUAUGUUUGUACAAAUUCAGUAUUCUCAUGCUGAGGCCUAUGUAACAUUUUAACACUUAGACAUUUUCCAGUACAGAUCUUUCCCCUCACCUCUCCUAUUGUUCACCUGCUGUCUGUUUGAAUUCAGAACUGAAUAGACAGUCUGUGUUUAAUAAAGUGAGAAGCAUGCACACUCCUUCCUUCUGAGAUCAAAAUUGAACAAAAGGAAACAAUAAUGAUCUAUUCUGUAAUUAGUGAGGAGAGAGAAACCAUCAUCAUUAUCCUUGGUGUCACCUAAGGAAUGGUUUUCCCAGUGUACCAAGGCUGAGGGUCACUUCACACAUUCCAGAUUCAAAGUGUACACAUUAUGUUUGAAGUGGCCAUUUGAAGAGGCCAUUAGCAGAUCUCUGCGACAUGUACAAUUGGUGGAAAAAAUGCAGCCAGAUGCUUCCAAUGUGAUGUGUACACUCUAUCCAUAAUGCAUUUUUCACUCUCAUUCUGAUAGUGAAGCAAAAGCGUGAGGGGACAUCUCAGCUCUUUAUAACACAUUUCAUUGUAAUUAAAUCAUAUGUAUUCCACUGAUAGACCAGGACCCAAUAGGACACAGGAGGUAAUGUAAGAUGUGUAAUCAAUGUAAAAUCAGUGAAGAAUUUAAAUAUCUAAGGAUAUCAUCUUUAUACAUUAGAGACUGGAAGGUAUAAUGUAAAUGGUUGGUACAGGACACAAUCCAAAGCCCCAUUAAAAUGAAUAGUUACACAAUGGUAGACACAGUCUUGGGAAAUUCCAGUCAUUUCAAGGGGGCUUGCACAGUAGACAUUCAUGAUCCAUCACAACCAAGGAGCAGAUAAUCUGUCAAACAGCUUUUUUGUUUAUGUCAGUGUGGCAUAAAUGAUGAAGUAUCAAAAAGUCUUUUGGCUUAUUAUAUGGUACGAUGUAGCUGUUCAUUAGUUAGUAUUGUUUCAAAGCAUAUCAAAGUGCUGCUGUGUACUGUGUUCUUUUAAACGUAAAAUAAUAAUUGUUAGGUAAGAAAACUACAAGAUUUCAAAACAAAAUAUAACUUUAAUUGUCCAGGUUUUUUUUAACAGGACUUACACAAGAGUCAGGAAAUAUCACUAGUGAUAGGAAAUGGUAACUGAGCACAAAUAACAAACUGGAAGCUGUAUAAUAAUGGUUCAGAUUAAGUUAACUAAGUAUUCAAGAUUCAGCGAACAAAACCCAAUCAUAUUAUAUUUUACUAUUUAUUUAUCAUUUUUGUGUAUGUUAAUUUUUCACAGUCAUUUUUGUUGUCAGUUUUGUAAUGGCAGUGUUUAUGUUUUAAUAUUAUUCAUUUGGGAAUUGUUUGGGAUGGGAGAGGUACAUUUCACACUUUUGAGGAAUCCCAAAGGCCUCAUUAAAGGAAAAAAAAUAUUUCAACCUUCAUCUCCUAGGUACCUUAUGACUUUGCUGCACAUACAUUAUUAGAAUGCUAGACCAACCUCUGAUUUGGAUGCACUUAAAAAAAUUAAUACUCUGCUUCUCUUUACUAUGGGACUAUUUCAAUGGAGACAUUAAGAACAAGGAUGCUGCUUAAGAUUUUUGCCAGAAUCGCCCACAUUUUGGAUACUUGUUCAGAUUUGCCUCAGUGAGAAGCUGACAUUUUAAGAUGUCUGAUAUGCCUUGCUCAAUGUUUUCUGGGCCUGACAUAUACAUAUGAGGAAACUACAUAUUUGGAAAUUGCCGUGUGCAAUAUUUUAAUGUAUUAUAGCAAUUAUAAUGUAUAUUUAUUUUAAAACAUAUCUAUAUGCUAUAAUGGCAUAUUGUUAAAAGUUCUGAUACUGAAUAUCAUUUCUCUGCACAUCCUUAGAACAAUGUUGUCAGUUGAGAAGACGAGUAAGUUUCAAACAAGUUGUAUAUGAGAGUGAUGUGCAUCUGGUAUAUUAUAUGGUCAGUGACAAACUAAGUAAAGUAAGCAUCUCUUAAGAGCUGAUUUGGGCUCUCUUCUCUCCCUCUAUUUUGUUUUGAGUUUUUGUUGUUGUCUGCAGAGAGAUGUAUGCUCUUCCACUGGAGGUUAUUUUAGAAAACGUUCAGGUACUUUCACUCAGACAUGGUCUUCUAAACAACUUUCAUUAUUUAUGUUAAAUGAAAAUGUCUUUACUUGAAUCUAUUUAUUUUACAUAUGGCAUCCAAGUUUACAAAAAUGACUCUUAAUAUGGUGUGUUUCUUCUAGACCUACUUUUAAACUGCUCUUUCAAAAAAUAUAAUGUCUGGUUGUGGCCAAGUCGACUCUGGGGCAAACCAAACAGACAGAAGUUACUGCCUCAGAGAAAACUGUAAAUUGGUCUCAGAUUAUUACACUGUUUUUUAAAACUAGGAUGGGGUACCCUUAAUAUCCAAACAUUGACUGGAUUCCUACUGUAUUAUGUCGGAACUGUAAAAACACUGAUUUAAAGUAGCAGCACUUUUUAAAAGUUAGAAACCUGGCUAAAACAGGGAGUCUCCAAUAUCUUCCUACUGAUCCUCUGAAUUAACUGGAAGUCUGCCCUUCAUAAUGAUGGAACAAUUUUAUCUUUAAAAAUAGUUACUCCAGAAGUGAAAAAUGUUUAUAUGUUUUUAUUUUUUCAUUUUGUUUACCUGUAAAGAAAAAAGGCCUUACUGUACCUUGUUUACUUACGAGAGUGGUAGAUGAUAAUAGGCAUUAUCCUUAUAUUCAGGCAUCUGACUAAUACUUUGUGUCACAUUAAAAUUGUAUGCUGCUUCACAUGUUUUAAAGGAAGAUAUUUCUAAGUUUGGUAUUUUGUAAUUCAUCAACUACAUAUUUGAUUGUAUGCUGCUUCACAUGUUUUAAAGAAAGAUCUUUCUAAGUUUAACUAGUGUUUUGCAAUUUAUCAGAUACUUCACAAAACAGUAUUUACAUGCACUUUUCAUGAGUUAAUGUUUUUAGUGUUGGUACACAUAUAAAACAUUUUUAAUUUUUUCCGGGUUAGAGUACUUAAAACUUUUAGUUUUACCUCCUCCCCCUUCUUUAAAGCAAAGGUAUGCUCUUUUAAUGUGGAAAUGUCAUUGUUUCUGAUGUUAACUUGACCUGGAAUCGUCUCUCUAGUGCUGGAAAAAAUGCUUACCAGAGCCCUUCUGAAAUGUAGAAACCUGAAGUAUUGCACAAAUAUUACCUCAUUAGAUGUCAGAUCUUUUUUUGUUUUCCUUCAACGAUAAGUUCACCAGUUUUGUAAAUGUAGUCCUCCUGUCUCCAGAUUUUACCAAAAUCCUUCUCAAUUUUCAAUCUGGGUGGAACUUGAAAAAUAAAGAUUUUUGUUUAAUUAAAUAUUAGAUGAUCAUGUAUGCAAUCUUGUGCACAAUUGUAAAGCCCUAACAAAGUAAGUGGGACGCAUUUCCAUAUAGGUGUGGACCAUAGUGCACUCCUAGCUUUCACAGGUAUGAAAAACCAUACAUAGAACACAUCUUCCUCAUUCUGGAGAUUCUCAUUUGUGUAUGGAAUAGCUGCUGUGUCUAUACUCCCCUGACUUCCAUAGAAUCCUACCAGGCACAUGAAAUGGUAAUACUGUAUAGAUGGGUGGAGUGGAUCUGUAUAUCUCCUUCCAUAGUAUAUGGUCUUGGCAGUGCAUGCAGAAGCAGUCACACUGACAAUGCGCUGCCGGUACAUAGCCUGUCCUGUCGGCAGGAGGAUGUCUGUGUAAUAGAUUCUGGCACUCAGCAGAAUUUUAAGAAGGAUAAUCUCUGGUUUGGGGAAAUUAUGCAGAUUUAGAUCUUGAUUCCAAUAAAGGAAGCAUGGCCAAAUGACCCUCCAGGUCUUGUUGGAGUUGGAGUCCUAUCAGAACUAGCCAGCGGAGAGGAAUGCUGAGGGUUGCAACCCAACAAUAUCCGAAGGGCUAUACUUCACUUGUCCUGGCUGUAAACCCUUUCUCUAAGUCUGUGUGGAAGUGCAUCUUUUUCCUCAUUCCGUUUGAUCCAUAUCUCAAAGACACCAGCAUUUGAAGGCUGAAGGUCUGUUUGAUUUAAGGUUUAAACUGGAUGCAUUUCAAUAUACCACAUUAAAGCUCUUUGAAGAUUACACUUGUAAAUUUCUUACUGUUCUGAAAGAAAGGCUUUGACAAUUGAUUAUUUCCACUUGAUAUCGCCACAGUGCUUAGAUGGAAACCAAAGUGGUACCAGAAUGACAUAAGAUCAGAAUUGUCAUUGUGUCUGACAUUGUACUUAGUAAAAAUGUAUGCUUCAUAAAUGCUGUAUCCUAGCUAUCACUGAGAUGUCUAAAUAAAAACAACAACAACUGUUAA